UUGCGCCACCUCUCACCAUCCACUCUGCAAACAAACGCAACAUGAAACGGAUGUCAUCCUUGCAGAAGAGGACGGUUUUAACCCCAACAAAGUCAAGUAGAGACUGUUCCAGAGCCAGGAACCAGGCCCAGUCCACUAGCGGAGAGAGAGCCUUGGCCCACAGCGAAGUCCUCUCAGAUCCAUCCACUGUGGCCAACAGAGAGUUGCAGUACAGACAGAGUCCACAC